CCGACCCUCCCGUCGGGGUUGCAGCUGCAGGCCUCGGGGUGGGUCGCCCAAGGCGGAGGCCAGCAUGCAGAUGCUUGGACGAAGUACUCGAAGGACGACAUCCCCAAGCUGCGCCUCAUCCAGGAGAGUUUCCAGAGCUUGGGAGAUUCGGCUCAGGCGGCGGUGUAUGCGUCCUACAUCGACAGGUUGCAGAAAGCGGGCCCGCGGGCGCCCACUGUUGGUGUGUGCCAGCAUGCCAUGCGUGAGGCCAGGCAGCAUUUGGAGAAGCGUGUUCGUGUCGCCGAGAACCUCCAAUGCCAGCUGGUUGAAGCUCAAAAGGCUGCGGUGCAAGCCAUGCGGGGGUUCGAGGCCUGCCAGGACAAGUACCACCAGGCGGUCAAGCUCCUCGCGUCGGAGGUGCCCCAGGCGGCGCCUCCAGCAGCUCAGGCGGAGGCGCCGCGCCACGGCCUCAGUCUGGAGAAGCUGCUGGACGGAGAAUCCUUCGAGAUCUUCGAGGACGACGGGCUCUUCGGCUUGGAGGCUGAAGGCGUCGAGGUCACCGACCCCGAGAAAGAGGAGGUGGCCGAGCGGAAGCAGGAGGUGGAGCAGACCAUCAGGCGUGCGGUCACCGAAGCGUUCGGGGCGGUACGUGUGCGCGCGCAGGAGCUGGUGGCGGAGCAGGAGGCACCGUCUCAGGAGUCGGUCGCCGCGGCCGUGGCUCUGGCAGGCCGGGGAGGUCUGCGCUCUCCAGUCGACGGCGGCGUGGAAGACCUGGCCAAGGACUACGCUGCCGCUACUCGCCUG